GUCUGUCCAAAAACGACUGUCCUCCGUGUUCUCACAGUAGUAACUACAAUAUCUGCGCGACAGGAAGACGUCGGAGAGGGUGGGCGUAGGGACGAACACCUCCGACGUUUAGGACUACACUUCUUUCAAGACCAUUUACCUUUUUUUUAAACAAAAUUGUAAAUCAGAAACUGUACUUGAAAUUAGUAUGUACGGCUCUCAAAAUAGACUUCCGACAUUGAGUCGGAGGUCUAAUUCUCGACCAGACCUGACAAGCGGCACUCAGUUCGUCGUUGGUGGAAACGGCUAUCAACAGGAAUAUGCAGACGGAUACAGCUAUUCACAAACUUUCUCCAAAACGGCCAUGGGGGGAGGUGGUGGGGGCUACGGAGGGGGACUUGGAGGGGGAGCAAGUGUGCAGAGCAUCCAACACAAAGCUUUCUUCCUGCAAAGCCAGUGUCAGGAGUACCUGCAGAGAGUACAGCAGAUUCUCCAGGCAGGUGGUCCAGCGGGGGAGGUGGACAAGCUGAUGAGUAUGUCUUCUGAGGCUAUAGACCAGCUGAAGGGAUGUGCCAUGGAGCUGCAGCACAUGAAACAACCCAAAGACAAAAUCAUCAAGAGCAUACAGCAUCUCCAGAACAUGCAGAGUGGGAUCACCUCCUCCAUCAGUGGGACAACCCAGAGGAUGAGCAGGGGCAGCAUUGGCUGGGAGGAGAGGGGGAGGACCUACACUGAUGCCAUGUCUUGGAUCGGCCAACAGAAGCGUCUGAUCGAGACGUCUCCGUGGGGUGAGGACGCAGCCACCAUCGAGCAACAGAUCCUGAGCCAGAACAAGUUCCACAGCUCCAUCCAGAGGAGCCAAGAGGUGGAACGCGCCAGAGAUGAGCUGGCCCAAAAUGAUGACAAGGGUGGCCUCCAUUCCCUGCAGCAAGAAUGGGACAGUCUUCAGAAAAUGUCAUUUGCUCGUAUGGGCCAGCUGAGAGAGCUGCAGAACAUCAUCGAGGAGAUCUCCAGGGCCAUCAUGUGGGUCAACGAGAGAGAGGAGGAGGAGCUGGUGUUCAACUGGGGAGACAAGAACAUUGACGUCUACAUCCCCAAGAAACAGGAAAGCUACUCCAAACUGAUGAGUGCCCUGGAGGUAAAGGAGAAGGAGCUAAACAAACUGAAGCAAAAAGUCGAUGGCCUCCUGAAGAACAAUCACCCAGCCUCAGACAAGAUCGAGGCCUACAUGGACACUCUGCAGACCCAGUGGAGCUGGCUCCUCCAGAUCACCAAGUGUAUACAUGUCCACCUGAAAGAGAACGCUGCCUACAGCCAGUUCUUCAAGGAGGCCAAUGAGAUCUACAGCAAGCUGCAGAAGGAACAUGAGAACAUCCGUAACAAGUUCACCUGUGAUAAAGGAACAUCUCUGGAGAACCUCACUGAGCUCCUCAAGAACCUUGAGAGAGAGAAGGAGACGAUCAUGGAGAAUAAGAGGCAGGUCAAAAACCUGGUCAACAAGUCCAAGAGCAUCGUGAGGCUGAGACCACGUAACCCUGAGGAGAAGAGUAGUAGUCCUAGUCCUGUUAUAGUACAGGCACUGUGUGACUUCAAGCAAGACCAGAAAGGGAUCUUCAAGGGGGACGAGGGCAUCCUGACGGACAACACCCAGCGCAGUAAGUGGCACGUGACAGGUCCUGGAGGUCUGGACAUGCUGAUCCCAUCUGUGUGCCUCCUCAUCCCCCCGCCCAACCCUAUCAGCAUCGGACUGGCCAACAAGAAUGAGCAGUACUACGAGGCCAUCAUGGGCAUCUGGAAUCAGCUCUACAUCAACAUCAAGAGCCUCAUCUCCUGGCAGUACUGUGUUAAAGACAUCAACCACAUUAACUCUCUCACCCUCACCAUGCUGUCCCAGAUGCGUCCUGAGGAGUACCGGAACAUCAUAAAGAGUCUGGAGACUCACUACCAGGAGUUCCUUCGCAACAGCCAUGGCUCCGAGAUGUUUGGAGAGGAUGAGAAGAAGAGGAUGGAGGGCCAGUAUGCUGGAGCCCAGACCCACUACGACACACUGGUCAUAGGGCUGCCUACAUACAAUCAAUCCAAAGCGGAGGUGGUCAAGAAGGAGGUGGUCAAGCUGGUGGUCCAGCAUGAGCCGCCCAUCAAGGUGGAGACGACCAAUACCUUACAGGGCUCUACCCUCAGCCUGACCCUGCUUAGUGACCUCCACGCCCUCAGACGCAGGCUGGAGCUGGCCGAGUCCGGCCUUAGCCACCACCUCCAUGUGCCCCUGGGGGAGAACAGUGUGCAGGAGUGCUCACAGCGUCUCCUAAAGCUGGAAGGCAUACACCAUGAUCUGGACGGGGUGCGUGAUGAGUACCUGAGGCUAAGGGAGAGGGUCCUCAGGCAGCUGGAAGGGACAGCAGCAGACUCAGAGCAGGCCAAGUUCCUCAGGAAAGAGCUAGACCUCCUCAACCAGAAACUGGGAGAUCUGCAGGGACUAUCCUCUGCCUACCUCCAGAGACUGUCGUAUCUUCGGAACUUGUGCCAGAGCCUCCUCCAGGCUGAGGAUGUCAUCAAGGUCCACGAGGCCCGUCUGACUGAGAAGGAGACCACCUCCCUGGAUCUCAACGAGGUGGAGCGCUACAGAUCCACCCUCAAGCAAAUGAAGUCGGAACUGGAAAAUAAGAGAGACUUGCUGAAGGCCAUGGAGAGUGACCUGGUCAAUGCAGUGCACGUGAACAGUCAGAUCUCAGCCUCCUUCCACAAGUGUGAUGUGGACCUGUCCAAGUACGCUGACCUGGUGGGUCAGAUGUCUGACCGCUGGCGACGCAUCCAGACCCAGAUUGACAGCAGAGUGUGGGACCUUGAGAAGCAGGAGAAACAGCUAAGACAUUUUCAGCAGAGCAGUGGAGUGGUAGACCAGUGGAUAGACAAUGCUAAAAGGCGCCAGGACACCCUGCAGGCAGCCAAGUUCAGCGACAUCCAGGCCCUCAUGGAGCACCUCAACCAACAGAAGGUGCUGCACAGUGAGAUCAAAGGAAAGAAGGAGAAGGUGGAGGAUGUACAGAAGGAUGCAGACACCUGCGCUACCUCCAUCAAGGACUAUGAGCUGCAGCUGGCCUCCUACAGUGCUGGACUGGAGACCCUGCUGAACAUCCCAAUUAAGAAAACCAUGCUGCAGUCUCCUGCCACUGUGGUCAGAGAAGAGGCAAAUGACCUCCAGUCUCGCUACAUAGAGCUCCUGACCCGCUCCAGUGAUUAUUACAAGUUCCUGGGGGAGAUGUUGAAAAACAUGGAGGAACUGAAGAUAAGGAACACCAAGAUCGAGCUUCUGGAGGAGGAGCUGAGGCGUCUGAAGGAUAACAUCCAGGACCGCAGCGAGAAGAACCGUUCCUUAGAGGAUGCCCUGUCCCGCUAUAAGCUAGAGCUCUCACAGUCUAAAGAACAGCUCAUCUCCAUGGAGGAGGUGAAGAGGACCACAGCCAUGCAGGCCAGCGUGGCCAGGGAGAGCCUGGACACCACCAGUAGCCAGCUGACUGAGCUCAGUGACAAGCUGGCCCGCCUCACCUACCAGCUGGAUGAGGAGAAGAGGAAGAGGAGGCUGGCCGAGGAGCGCUAUACGAGCCAGCAGGAAGAGUACGAGGCAGCCGUGCGCCGGCGCCAGAAGGAGCUGGACGAGGUCAACUGGUCCAAGAUCGACCUGGAGAAAGCGGUGAAGGACAAGGAUCGUGAGCUGGAGAGGCUCAGGAUGCAGCUGGAAGAGGAGGCCACGAGGAGGCGCGGGGCAGAGCAGGAUAUCUCUAAGACCUCCAUGAUGGUGCAGCAGUCUCAGAACCACUACACUGAGAUCCUGUCUGAGAGGGACACCCUUCUGAUCAAGUUGAAGCAGCUGGAACAGGACAAGACCCGCCAGGGUCGCUACGAAGAGGAACUGAACCGCAUCAAGGUCUCCCUUGAGACUGAGCUUCGCAACAAACAGCGUCUCCAGGAAGAAAGAGACAAGAUCCACAAGGACUUUACAUACUGGAAGAGCCAGUAUGAACUGAAGGAGGGGCAGAUGAGGCAAUGUGACUCAGACAAGGACAAGAUGGAGAGGGAGAGGCUCUCCCUGAAGAGAGAUUUGGAGCGUACGAUGGUGGAGCUGAGGACUGUGGAGGAGAGGCAUAAGGGCAGGCUGCAAAGCUCACAGAGGGAGGUGUCGGAUCUGGCCCUGAAGAGAGAUUCCCUGGAAAGGGAGCUGAGGAGGCUGCAGCAGAGGCCUGACUCCAUGAGCAUCCAGACCCAGACGGACGAGAAAGUGGUCACUGUGGAUCCGUCCAAGCUGGUGUUCAAUGGGGUUCGCCGAAAGGUCACCGCCCACCAGCUGUGUGAUUGCGGCAUCAUCAGCAAGGCCACCCUGGAGCAGCUGCUGAAGGGAAAGAGGACCGUGGAGGAUGUGGCAAUGGACAUCCAGCUCAGCCUCAAAGGAACAGGCGUCAUUGCAGGGAUGGUCAGAGGCCCCCAGGGCAGGAUGUCCAUCACUGAAGCCAAGACCAAGAACCUGCUCAGCCAAGAGAGCGCCAUCAUGCUACUGGAGGCUCAAGCUGCCACCGGCCACAUCAUGGACCCCAAAUUCAACGAGAAGAUGUCAGUUGAUGCUGCCUGCUCCAGAGGGGUGGUGGACACAGACGAUAGAGACACCCUGAUGACAGCUGAAGCAGCCGGCACAGGCUUCAAAGACCCAUACACUGGAAAGCUGCUGUCCAUCGGACAGGCUCUAAAGCAGAACCGUCUGGACAAGAAGACAGCCCUCCGUUUGCUGCAGGCUCAGGAGUCCGUUGGCGGCAUCCUGGACCCCGUUCUGAGCGUGUUCCUGCCCAAAGACCUUGCACUUGAUCGCAACCUGAUCGACGAAGACCUCUACAGGGCUCUGAACAAGAAACCUGCCUGCUAUCUGGACCCAAUCACUGAGGAGAAGAUCAGCUACAGUGAUCUGAGGCUGAAGUGUAGGAUGGAGCCCGCCUCUGGCCUGCUGCUCCUUCCAGUCCCAGAGAAGCCCAUGACCGUGCAGGGUCUCAGGGGAGAGGUGUCCGUCACAGAGCUCAUCAACUCCAACCUGCUGUCUGAGACCGAUGUGCAGAAGCUGAACCAGGGAAAGCUCAGCAGCAAGGAAAUUGAGGACAAGCUCAAGAACUACCUGCAUGGUUCUAACUGUAUUGCGGGGAUCUAUGAUGAGGCAAACAACAGGAUCAUGACCAUCUACCAGGCCAUGAAGGAAGGACUGCUCAGACGAGGAACCACCCUGGAACUUCUGGAAGCCCAGGCAGCCUCCGGCUUUGUGAUCGACCCUAUCAACAAUGUCUGCAUGAAUGUGGAGGAGGCCUGGAAGAGAGGCCUUGUGGGCAAAGAGUUCAAGGACAAGCUGAUGUCUGCAGAGAAAGCAGUCACUGGAUACAAAGACCCCCACACUGGCAACAUCAUCUCCCUCUUCCAAGCCAUCGAGAAGGAUCUGAUUGAGAAGGGCCAUGGAAUCAGGCUUCUAGAGGCUCAGAUCGCCAGUGGUGGCAUCAUCGACCCCAAGGAGAGCCACCGUAUCGAUGUAGACAUUGCCUACAAGAGGGGCUACUUUGACGAGGAAAUGAACGAGAUCCUGACCUACGAAGGAGACGACACCAAGGGCUUCUUUGACCCCAACACCCAAGAGAACCUGACCUAUCUGCAGCUGAAGGAGAGGUGUAUCACCGACCCCAAGACUGGUCUGGUUCUUCUGCCUUUGAGGGACAAGACCAAUCCUCAGCAGAUGGUUCAGCAGAGCAGCCAGAAGAACAUCCUCCGUAAGAGGAGGGUAGUGAUCGUAGACCCUGACACUGGAAAAGAGAUGACCGUGAGGGAAGCCUACCAUAAGGAGCUCAUCGACUACGACACCUUUCUGAAUCUCUCAGAGCAGGAAUGUGAGUGGGAGGAGAUCACCAUCAGAGCUUCUGAUGGUUCAGCCCGUAUGGUGGUGGUGGACAGGAAGACAGGCACACAGUAUGACAUCCAGGACUCCCUGGACCGCGGCAUCAUCGACCAGACCUCCCUAGAGCAGUAUCGUUUAGGAACCCUGACUCUGACCCAGUUCGCCGAUCUCAUCACCAGCAAGAGCAGCCUGAGCGAGCUGUCAAUCACCGCCAGCAACAUGGAGGAUGUGGCCACCUGCAGCAGUCCCACCCAGGCCUGCCCUUCUUCCCCCACCGUACGCAAGCGCUUCAACAGCAUAUCCAUCACCUUCUCCCCAACAGAUGAGUUUGAUGAAGGGAGCCCCAUAGCGGCCGUCUUUGACAUGGAGACAAUGGAGAAGAUCACCAUCCUGGAGGCUCUACGGAGAGGCAUAGUUGAUGCCAUUACAGCUCAGAAGCUUUUGGAGGCCCAGGCCUGUACUGGAGGCAUCAUCAACCCCACCAAUGGCCAGCGGCUUAACCUGCAGGAUGCCGUCCACCAAGGCCUCAUCGAUGAUGACAUGGCCACCAAGCUGAAGCCAGCCCAGAAAGCCUUCAUGGGCUUCGAGGAUGUGAAGACCAAGAGGAAGAUGUCUGUGGUCGAGGCCAUGAAGGAGAAAUGGCUGCCUUACGAGGCUGGCACGAGGUUCAUGGAGUUCCAGUAUCUGACAGGAGGGCUUUUAGAACCCGGCAACGGACAGAAGACCAGUAUUGAGGCGGCCAUCCGGAGGGGCUGGCUGGAUGGGAGAGGAGCACAGAAGCUUCAGGACACAAGGAGCCAUACCAAGAACCUGACAUGCCCCAAGACCAAGCUGAAGAUCUCCUACAAGGAGGCCAUGGACAGCUGCAUGGUGGAAGAAGGCAAUGGCAUGAAGAUGCUCCAGGCUUCCUCCAUGUCCAGCAAGGGCAUUAGCAGCCCUUACAACGUGUCCAACCCAGGCUCCCGUUCGGGCUCCAGGGCUGGCUCACUGGCCACCUCUCGUUCCGGGUCCAGGAGUGGCUCCCGCAGGGGCAGUGUGGAUUACUCCUCCAGCUACAGCACCUUCACCACUUCUGCCUCCAACACCCUAAGCGUCAACUCAAAGUUCUAAUAUUAAAACACAUAUAUGGAAAGAGGGUGUGGAGUAGAGUUGCUUUUGGGUCUGAAAAUUAAAGCCUGGUCUUACCCAAGCCCGAUGAGCUGAAGACCGAGCUCAGGCCCGGUCCCACAUCAUAGAAAUGUUAUGAACCCGAACCCCUCAAAAAAGCUAGAUUUCUAGAAGACAGCCUAUUGAUUUAAGCUGGUGUUGAGAACAAUGCGGCAGAAAACCGAGGAGAGAGGAAAACUCACCUUAGGCCUAGUUAUGAUCAACUGAAUUACGAAAAUAUUGGAAUUAAUUAGGCUAUAGGCUAAUGCAAUUGAAGGCAUGUAUCACAUUUUUGCUUAUGGAAGCUCCCAAAGUCAUAUUCAACCGUUAGCCUAUAAUACAUUUAAAGCAAUAGCCAUGGGUGGUCAAUUUGAUGAUAUUUUCAGCACCGUUUUGAUUGGGACAGUGCCUUCGCGCUGCUUUGAGACAAGCUUGGGGAUUUCUUUUCACUGAAUCUCCGUUUGGAUAUUUGUUUACAAUUCGGUAGGGAAAAUGUUAGCUAAGUUGAGGUGAGUGCUCAUGAGCAUGUUAUAUAGCUUAACAAGUGGAUUUUGCUCUUCACUCUCGUAGUAACCUAAACAUUGCGACUUGUCUGAUAAUCAAUCAAUGUUAUUUUGUUUGAAUCUGUAUAAUUGGUUGAUCUCUGGCUGGGCAAAUAAGUGGAGGUGGUAGCUCAUGUAUUUGUUUGCUCAUCUGUCACUGAUCAGCAACAUUUUGCAUGCAAUAGUGUAGCCUAAAUCAAGUUAAUAUGUUGCACUUGACUCUUGUAUAGGUAACUCCAAAAGCCCGCAGAGGUUAUGAAAUAUGAACACGAGACUCGCAUGCUUUUGAAAAUAUUGAUUGCUGUUAUUUUCUAUUGGUAUCAUGAUGAAUGAACUAAGUGUUAUUAUUAUUAUCAUUAUCAUGCCUGGUAGGCUAUAGUAAACGUAUAUAAUCUAUUCACCAUCGCGUUGAGAGCACGUCCUGUUUUAGCUGUUUUAGUGAAAUUUACAUCAAUAUAUAAUCUCAGUCAUUCAUUCAUGUCUUUACACAGCAUAUACGUCAUUCAUGGCCUUAAAUACAAUCAGGCAUUUUAUUUAGAAAAUGAAAUAACAAAGGGAGACUUGAAUAAUUAAACAAAUCUAGAAAUGAAACCAUUUUUAAUCUAACACCUGUUUGGCACACAAAUACGCACGCAGCGCUCGGUCCUACCCUCCUUGUUCUCCUUCAUCAUCUGAACACGUAAGCCUAGUAGAGGGAGGGUGAGGGAGAUAUUUAGAGAGAGAGAGCAGUAGUAGAAGCUAUGGUGCGCUAGUAGUCACGAAGACACGCACGGUCCCCAAAAUGUUAUAAAAGAGCGCGGCAAUUCCCAACCCCGUCCGGCCCGAAUAAAUUCUCAGAAUUUCACGUCCGGCGGUCGGGUUUGGGCUGAAAAUGACAAUUCUAGUGUGGAGUAGAUAGGAGUAGAUGUGAUGUGGCACAUUUGUUAUGGUUGAGGAAGAGGGAAAGUGGGUUAGAUGGGGUUGAAUUUGUGAUGUGGUAUAUCUUUCAUUGAUUGAUUGUGUUUAGUUUAUGUUUUGUGCUGUUAGCUAAAUCUGGUUUGGGGGUAUAAAGGUUGAACAUAUUCAACUAUUCGAUGGAUAACAGUUUGUUAGAAUGAAAUCUAAAAUCCAUGUAAAUGUUUAGAUUUUUAAACUUGAAAAUAAAUGUAGUUUUGAAAUAUAUAACGUUUUACCAAAUAAAACUGCUUUUAUAUUGUACUAUGUUUUGUUGUUAUGUAAAGGUAAUAUCUUACUGCUUCAAUGUCCUUGGCUCACAGCAUCUAUUCUACAAUGUCUACAAUAUUAAUUUAUCUGACUUUUAUUUUGCUUUAAUAUCACUCAAUCACUGGCAAACAUUUGCUGAUCUAAUUUUGGUUUUCAAGCAAUCAUUUGAAGUAACAAUGAAUGUACUUGACAAUGACUUACAACACAAUGUCCAAUGGUACUGAAUUAUAAAACAAGUAAUAAACCAUUAUGAAUUUACCCUGAAUAGAUUUUAUGUAAUGAUAUAUUUUUUAUUCCAAACAAUUGAAAAAUAAAAGUUCAUUUCCAACAGUG